AUGGCUCCUAUGACGUUUCACAAUACUAAAUAUGAAUGGAUGCAUUUCUCGACAGCUACACAGCUCAUCAAGAUCAAUCGAAGCUUGCUCGGGACUCUAUGCAAGGAUCUGCAGGGCAUUACCACCUUUGCUGAUUCGAACAGGAAUGCUUGCGAGAAGAUCGUUAGUGGCAUCUAUUGGUCCACUGGUCCACUCGUGGCAAACAUGUCACUGGCACUACCGCUUCCUUUUAGAGCAAUGAUUGUAACCGCAUCGCUGUCCGUUCCAGAAUACAAACCUAAAUUCUGCCAGACCUCGAUGUCCGGAAUGAACCUCGCUAUUACCGACAUGGACGAAGCCACUAGCGUGAGUGGAGAUUGCAUGCCAAUAUUUGGGUUGGACGAGACUGAAUGUGGUCAAGUGAUUGAUACCAACCUGUCCAGCAUCGCUCACUUCCUUAAGUGGACAAAUGGUCAAGCAAGGCACGAUGUGGCACGACUGGAUAAGGUUGCGGGUAGUGUAUUGUGGCUUAUAUCUGGGACUUCUUUGUAUGUUACAGGAGUCAUGAUUUCUGUCAAUGCAGUGUAA